UUGACGCAGUCGCGCGCACAUUACUCCUCUUUCGUCUCUUUAAAAAAGAAAACACCCGAAAUAAUAAUAAAAAAAUUGAAUGGAAUAACUAAUUCCUCUUACACUUUUAGUUAUUUUUGGUUAGUUAAGUUACUUCGGACUGCACAUUGUCAUUUUAGUAAACCGGAGCGCGCCUGUAGAAUUUGAAGGCUGGAGAGGUGCGGGCGCAGUCAGUGGACUCUCGAGGUGCGAUGUCAGGUAUAAAUAUAAGAAACUUUAUUAUAAAUGGACACAAGUGAUGCUUCAGUAGUUUAAAGAGACAAAGAUAAUUUGUGAUCAAAAAAACUUAACGGACAAAAAUCGCAGGGUAUCGUUUUGUGUAAGGUAUCGCGUAAACAUCACCGCGCGCGUAGCCAAGUUAAACUUCGCAUCGAUAUCUACAAAAUGCUACAUCUUGUCGCUAGACUUUUAUGCGUCUAUGCAUUUACAUGCGUAAAAGUUGUCUAUGGACUGGAUGAGAAGCGUUUUCUAUGUACUGCAAUACCCUCUGACAUGGAUGCUGUUUGUCCUGUGCAACCUCCACCUGUUCAAAGCGCAUCAGUCCAAGGGGAUGAACUAGGAAAUACGGUUAUGCAACUUAGACAGACAAUAUUAGAACAAAAGGAGACGAUUGCCAAUCAGUUAGUAACGAUUAAAGAACUGACAUCUAAACUGUCACGAUGUGAAUCUGAAUCCUUCCAGAAAAACAAUAAGGAAACGAUGGAUGAUGUGCCUAAAGACUCAAAUGAUACCAUUGACAUUCUUGGAAAGACCAUGCAGAGUCUUAAAGAUCGAUUAGAAAAUCUAGAGCAACAGCAAAUGCUAGCCAACAUCUCUGGUGCCUCCUUCCCUAAUGAGCUGAGAAAUCUACUGCAGCGUCGACUGGAGGACCUGGAGAAUCAACUGCUUAAAAAGGUCAAUGAGCUUGAGACAGAAAAGUUGCAGCUAUAUAAUGAGACCGUUGCCCAUCGCCAGCGCACGGACAAUACUCUCAAUCUUCUUACCAACAAGAUUUUUGAGCUUGAGAAAGGAGAGGUUGGAUUCAAGUCACCAGAGAAUUUCAAAAUCUCUCUUCUUCUACGCACAAAUUAUCAUUAUGGGAAAGUAAAGAAAAGCUUGCCAGAGAUGUACGCCUUCACUGUUUGCAUGUGGCUUAAGUCAAGUACAAGCACUGGAAGUCCUGGCAUUGGAACUCCUUUUUCCUAUGGAGUGCCGGGUCAGGCAAAUGAGAUUGUAUUGAUCGAAUGGGACAACAGCCCUGUAGAAUUGAUCAUCAAUGACAAGGUGGCAAGACUGCCCCUAUCAUUGGGCGAUGGGAGAUGGCACCAUGUCUGUAUCACUUGGACUGUUAGGGAUGGGGUUUGGGAAGCAUAUCAGGAUGGCCAGAGAUUGGGUUCAGGGGAGAACCUGGCCCCUUGGCACCCGAUCAAGCCGGGUGGAGUCCUUAUCCUUGGCCAAGAGCAGGCCUGUCGUUUAUGGCCUCAACAGGAUAUAGUAGGUGGGCGCUUUGAUGCCAACCAGGCCUUUGUGGGAGAGCUGAGCCACUUUAACAUCUGGGAUCGGGUUCUGCGCUCCACGGACAUCGUCUCCAUGGCAAACUGCUCAUCCUACAUGCCUGGCAAUGUGGUGGCCUGGACCGACAGUAAUAUUGAGGUGUUUGGUGGGGCAUCAAAGUUGCAGCUCGAGCUUUGCGAAGCCAGGCUCUUUGACAAUUAAAUAAUUGUGGAUAUCACUCAGCAAAAUCGUUGAAAAUGACUAUGUAUUAAACAUUUUUAAUAAAAACAAAGGAAUGGGAGUGGAGCAUGGUAUACGCUGAUGUUACCCUGUCUGUAAAACCCUGUCUAAAGUCCUAUAAUAUAAUGAUGAGAUUAGAAACUUCAAAAUUUUAUUUUACUCAUUGACUAACAUUGAUUUCAAUUUUUGACAUGGUCUUACUGGGUCAAUAUCAAGGUUAUAUUUUUACUAAAUGUUCUCUAAAUUGUCUAGAAAGAUUUUAUGUAGAAAACAGUAAAUCACAACAAAUGACUUUAGCAGGGUUUUUACAGACUUGGUCAUAUAUAAACGCAAUGGUAGACACAUCAACAUGAGCUUUGAAGUAUUUUCUUAUAUAGUAUUUAAAUUGUACUUUAAGGGACUUCCUUUACUUUAGUGCUUUACAAUUUAAUGGUUUGAAAUGGUCAGAAAACAGGCGUGAUUGUGUUUAGAGAACUGUACCUUUCAAAUUUGUUAUGCUACAAACUUUGAGUUGUAAUAGAUAUUGAAAAAAAUAACAAUUAUUUUAUUAAUAUAUAUAUUUUUUUACUUUAUCAUUAUAUUCAGAAUCAAAUCCAAAGCACAUCUUUGUUUAAUUGUUUACUCUCAUUAACAUAGUCCUUAUAAAUGCUUUAAGAUGUCAGAUAUUUUGAAGAAAUUUUUGUUGUCUCUGUAAUAAAACAUAAUAUCAUAUUUUUCUAUUCUUUUUUAAAAUCUUUUCAGAAAAAUAUCAUUUAGCGUUGUCUUUGUUAUGUCUGGUCAGAAUACCCAUGCUUCUGUUAUAUGAAGGGUUUUGCUUCAGAUUACUGUGCCAAUUCUUCUACAGGGUUUGCUUGACGAUGUCAAUGUAUAUUUAUUUGCCAAUGGAAAAUAAAUAAAAGCUUGGA